CAUCAAGAGGAUGUGAGAUUCAGCCGCAUCUCUUCCGCCCAUCCCCUCCUGCCAGCUGCCGCUGUCAGUAGCCGGGCUGUAGUGGUGAUGCUGCUCCCUGGUGUGUAGAGGAGGAGAGAGAGCGUGUCCGCUGCCCAAUGACAGCGCAGGUUGCUGAGAGACGCUGCUGGGGUGAAUGGAGGCGACAAGAUGCCGUCUAGAUUGGCGAAGAAAGAAAGGAAUUAACAUCGAUCAAGAUCUGACUUUGAUGUGCACAACCUUUUAAAGCAUGAAAUAAAUCACCCAUGUACGGUUCAGAGAGUCAGAGCAGCCUCAUUUCAGCGCCCUCCCGUUAAGGACCCUCUGGUGGCUCCACCGCUGACUCACAGGACAUGUACGGCAGUGCCAGAGCUGUAGGCCAUAUAGAGAGCAGCCCCGCACGGUCCCCGCGCCUGCCAAGGUCCCCCAGAUUGGGCCAUCGGAGGGCCAACAGCGGGGGUGGGGGCGGUGCGGGGGGCAAGACGCUCUCCAUGGAGAACAUCCAGUCCCUCAACGCUGCUUACGCCACCUCAGGUCCCAUGUACCUGAGUGACCAUGAGGGCGUGGGCUCCACUGCCACCUACCCAAAAGGCACUAUGACUCUGGGUCGCGCCACCAGCCGGGCCAUGUAUGGGGGGCGUGUCACAGCCAUGGGGAGCAGUCCCAACAUUGCUUCAGUGGGGCUGCCUCACCAUGCUGACCUGCUGUCUUACAGUGACCUGGGCUCCCUCUCCAUGCUGCACCACCAUCACCACCACCAGGGGGUGCCCUCUGCCCUGCUGAGGCAGGCGGUGCGGGGCAGUGGGGGGGAGCUGCUGGAGAUGCAGGCCCAGCUCAGGGACACGCAGAGGGAGAAUGAUUUGCUGCGCAGAGAGCUUGACCUGAAGGACAGUAAGUUGGGGUCUUCCACCAACAGCAUCAAGAGCUUCUGGAGCCCUGAACUGAAGAAAGAGAGAAUCAUGAGGAAAGAGGAGGCCGCCCGCACUUCCAUCCUGAAGGAGCAGAUGAGAGUCACUCAUGAGGAGAACCAGCUGCUGGAGUCAAGGAGAACUAAGCAUCUCCAGAUGACCAUCCAGGCUCUGCAAGAUGAGCUGCGGACACAGCGAGACCUGAACCACCUGCUGCAGCAGGAGAGCGGUAACCGCUCUGCCUCUGACCACUUUACCACCAUUGAGCUGACAGAGGAGAACUUCCGUCGGCUGCAGGCCGAGCAUGACAGACAGGCCAAGGAGCUGUUCCUGCUCAGAAAGACGCUGGAGGAGAUGGAGCUGAGGAUCGAGACCCAGAAGCAGACGCUGGGUGCCAGGGACGAGUCCAUCAAGAAGCUGCUGGAGAUGCUGCAGAGCAAAGGGCUUACCUCUGGCAGAGUGUCGGAGGAGGAGGAACAGGAGAGAGCGAGGCGCAUUGCUGAGGCAGAGGCUCAGCUUGGACACCUGGAGGUCAUCCUGGAUCAGAAGGAGAAGGAGAACAUCCAUCUGCGAGAGGAACUGCACAGAAGAAAUCAGCUACAUCAGGAUCCAGGCAAAACCAAGGCCCUGCAGACCAUCAUAGAGAUGAAAGACACCAAAAUUGCCUCUCUGGAGCGCAACAUUCGGGAUCUGGAGGAUGAGAUCCAAAUGCUGAAGGCGAAUGGAUUACUGAACACAGAGGACAGAGAGGAAGAAAUCAAACAGAUGGAGGUCUACAAGAACCACUCUAAGUUUAUGAAGACCAAGAUUGACCAGCUAAAGCAGGAGCUGUCCAAAAAGGAGUCAGAACUGCUGGCUCUGCAGACAAAACUAGAAACCCUCAACAACCAGAACUCCGACUGCAAACAGCACAUCGAGGUGCUCAAAGAGUCUCUCACUGCCAAAGAACAACGUGCUGCCAUUCUGCAAACAGAGGUUGAUGCUCUGCGUCUGCGUCUGGAGGAGAAGGAGUCCUUUCUGAACAAGAAAACCAAGCAGCUGCAGGACCUGACAGAAGAGAAGGGCACUCUCGCUGGAGAAAUAAGGGACAUGAAGGACAUGCUGGAGGUCAAAGAAAGGAAGAUCAACGUCCUGCAGAAGAAGAUUGAGAACCUGCAGGAGCAGCUGCGGGACAAAGACAAGCAGCUGGGAAACCUGAAGGACAGGGUCAAGUCUCUGCAGACCGACUCCAGUAACACAGACACUGCCCUGGCCACCCUGGAGGAGGCGCUGUCAGAGAAGGAGAGGAUUAUUGAGCGUUUAAAGGACCAAAGAGAGAGGGAAGACAGAGAACGUCUAGAAGAAGUGGACUCGUAUAAAAAGGAAAACAAGGAUCUGAAGGAGAAGGUCAACAGCCUGCAGAUAGAGUUAACUGAUAAAGAGUCGAGUCUCAUCGAUUUGAAGGAACAUGCUUCAUCUCUGGCGUCUUCUGGCCUGAAGAAAGAUUCGAAGCUGAAGUCGCUGGAGAUCGCCAUCGAGCAGAAAAAAGAGGAGUGUAGUAAGUUGGAGACGCAGUUGCAGAAGCAAGCUGAGCAGCUUUUCAGUCACAUGAACAAUCCUAAAGCCCACGAGGUGGAUCAUCAGUCGGGCUCCAGAGGAAACCCGGAGUACGUGGACCGAGUGAAGCUGCUGGAGAAGGAGGUGAGCUACUACAAGGACGAGGCCAACAAGGCUCAGACGGAGACAGAGAGACUCCUGGACAUCCUGCGAGAGGUGGAGACGGAAAAGAAUGAUAAGGACAAGAAGAUCGCUGAGUUGGAAAGACAAGGAGGCAAAGACCUGACAAAGAAGGGGCCAAACAUCAAACUGGGACCACAAGGGGACAAGAAAGGUUUAGGACAAGACCUUCGUAAGGAUGGCACCAUGGAUGGUGGCCACCACUCAAAGUUGGAGGAGCUGAUGAGCACUCUGGAGAGGACGAGGCAGGAGCUGGAUUCCACCAAGCAGCGUCUCUCCUCCACACAGCAGUCACUGCAGGAGAGGGACACACACCUCACCAACAUGAGACAAGAUCGCAGGAAACAGCUGGAGGAGAUCCUAGAAAUGAAGCAACAAGCUCUGCUGGCAGCCAUCAGUGAGAAAGAUGCUAAUAUUGCACUACUGGAACUUUCUGCCUCCAAUAAAAAGAAGACCCAGGACGAAGUGCUGUCCCUCAAGAGGGAGCGGGACAAACUGAUGCACCAGCUCAAACAGCACACACAGAGUCGAAUGAAGCUGAUCGCAGACAACUAUGAAGACGAGCAGUAUCACCCACACGGUCCUCACCACCCACAGCCGCAGCCCACCCACGCACAGCCUCAGCCCCAGCCCCAGUACCCCCAUGCUCCCCACGCCCAGCAGACUCCAUACUCACACACCAUGCAUCCACAACAUCAACAGCACCCACAGGCCCCCGCACAGCACCCGCACCCACAGCAGCCACAACCCCAGUACCCACACCCUGCCCACUCGCAGCACCCCCAGCAACACCCCCAGCAACACCCCCAGCAACAUCCCCAGCAACAUCCCCAGCAACAUCCUCAGCAACAUCCCCCAACCACCUCCCCAGCACCAACAGCAUCAACAACAACAGCACCCACGUCCCCAACAGCCCCAGCACCCUCACCAGCAGCACCCACAGCAUCCUCAGCAGCACCCACAUGGACAUCCUCCACAGCAGCACCCUCACCCACAGCACCCACAUGGCCCUGCGCAACAAGGACCCCAUCCACAACAUCCACAUCCCCAGCAUCCUCAGCACCCACAGCACCCACACCAUGCCCAGCAUCCACGUCACCCGUCGCCCCAUCAUCGUGGAGGGCCUGCCAGAGGACCCCCGCACGCUGGUCACCGUCCCAACCAGGACCAGGAUGACGACGAGGGCAUUUGGGCAUAAUCCCAGCUGUGACAACCAAAGCUCUGAUGUUGUUUUGAGGGAUGAUUCAGUCACUACUGGAGGAGCACAGCAAUGCCAUGAUGUUGAAAC